AGCGCAAGACUGCACCCCAGGCCCUCAGUUUUAUCCUCAGUAACCCACUCUACUUCGUCCAGGCUCAGAGUUAGACUUCCCCAAGUCUGUGCUCUCCCCGUCACCACCACCACCCCACCCCCGCCACCCUCGUUUAGGAUUCCAAACUUUAGCUUUGCGACUCAGUGGACCCAAGUAUUUGCCUUUUCUCCAAUUACUAGAGCCUCUGAACCAGAGUGCCCCGGACUCCACUAGGAGCCCCAAUGCCUGCUGUAAGCUGCACAAAGCUGCCAAGCACUGCUCUAGACCUAUGCUACCCACUGUUUGGGUGGAGCUCCACCUCAACCCCUGGCGCCCUGGCAUCCCUAUACCCAGAGUCUGAAAUGUUCUGGUGGAAGAUCCACCUCAAACUCUCCUCCCCCAUCUCUUUCCCUAAACCCGCCUUUUCAAAACCCGCCAAACACAGCUCCUCCCCAAAAGAGGCUGAAGACCACUCCCACAGGGUACCUAAAGCUGCAUCCCAGAAAACAGACACGUGGUUCUUCCGGUCUCGCAUCCCUGUCUCCUCUCACCUGGGAACGCUUUUCCCAUUAAACCAGGCUUUUCCUAAUUUGGUCUAGUUUGGAUUGCUGCGUUGGUGCACAAAAGACUUAUCACCCACUACACUAUCCCUCCUUUACAGAUGAAGAAAAAACCAUAGAGAGGUCAUUAGUAACUUGCCCAGCAUCACAGAGCCAGUGAGUGGCUCCAGAGUCUACUGUAUGGUGUCCAGUUCCUGGUCUCUCAAUCACCAGCCUAGCCAGCUCUCACCUCGAGGCUUAUAGAUCAUCACACCCAGCUCUGGCCCCGUCAGAUGUCCACACAUCCAUCAUCCAGGUCCCCAGCCCUUACUUCAUCAGAACCAGGACUUGGUCCCCUGCCGAGGAACGCAGAUAUACUCAGUCAUCAUCCACACCACCUAAGCCAGUGUCCUGAGAAUAAAUAAUGGCAGUUCACAUUACAGCCCAGGGGGCACAGUGCUGUGAGAAUUCUAAUGGCCUCCCAUAACACUUACAGUAAAAGGUUCCUCCAUGAAUGUUCAAGGAAAUCCUCUGAUGUCCCUGCUCACCACACCCUGGGCUCCCUGGGCUCCAGCCACACUGGCCCUUCUGUCUGCUCCCCACACAACAGGAGCUUGUUCUCGGGGCCUGAACAAUUUUAUUUUCUCUCUAGUGUCCAAAUGACUCCUUUCCUUUAAUCUCAGAAUCACAUCUUCCAAGAGGCCUUCCAGGAUUAUCUUGUUUUACUAAGCCCCCACCCAUCCACCCACCUAGUCAUUAUUUCCAUCACUCUAUUUUCUUUACUGACUGUAUAUUGUACCCACUAUACAGAUUUGCAAACUGAGGCCCAGAGAAGUGAAAUAAUCUACCCAAAGUCACACAACCAGAAAAUGGUGGCACUAGAAAAAGGAUACAUCCUGCUCCUUUCCAUAGAUUCAUAGUUUUUGUCCCAGCUCAGAGUCAGCCCAAAGUUUGAUCUAUGUCACAGGAGUCUGGCCUUCUGCAGACUCAUGUGUCAUCCACUCUGCCCCAAACUCCAUCAAAGAGAGAAGGCAUCUGGUCCAAGGAGGUAAGGUGCCCCACCCCAGGGCCCCAAAGACUUCUCAUCUGAGCCCUAAAAGGAGGUCCCAGAACAUGCCCACUGUAUGACUGGGUGGGCAGAGAAAUAAGGAACCAAGUUCUUGUGCCCUCCCCUGGCUGCGGAGCUCAGCUGGGCGAGGCCAAAGUGGAUAUAAAAGGGCUGGUAUAUAUUGAGAGUUAAGAGAAGCAGAAACCACCAGAAGAGGGAGAGAAAGGAGAGAGGGGGGAAGGAGAGGGGGAAGGGUUUGUCCCCCUGCUCUGAGCCAGGCAUCUGGCGGCCAUGUCACUCCUCCUGUUAGUGGUCUCUGCCCUUCACAUCCUCAUUCUCAUCCUGCUUUUUGUGGCCACUUUGGACAAGUCCUGGUGGACUCUCCCAGAGAAGGGGUCCCUGAACCUGUGGUAUGACUGCACUUGGAACACCACCACCCAAACAUGGGCCUGCAGUAACGUCAGUGAGAAUGGCUGGCUGAAGGCAGUGCAGGUACUCAUGGUGCUCUCUCUCAUCCUCUGCUGCCUGUCCUUCAUCCUCUUCAUGUUCCAGCUCUACACCAUGCGAAGAGGAGGGCUUUUCUACGCCACCGGCCUCUGCCAGCUUUGCACCAGUGCAGCCGUGUUCUCCGGGGCACUGAUCUACGCUCUCCACGCUGAGGAGAUCCUGAAGAAGCACCCACCUGGUGGUAGCUUCGGUUACUGCUUCGCCCUGGCCUGGGUGGCUUUCCCACUCGCCCUGGUCAGUGGCAUCAUCUACAUCCACCUGCGGAAACGUGAAUGAAUGCUGUGUCCCCUAGAAAAUAAAUCCGUUUAACCACGAGCCUAA